AUGAACCUGAAGAAGAUUGUCCCACAUCACCUGGUCAAGGUGCGAAGGUGUCAGGCCCCUCCAUCAAGGUGGACGAAACGUGCUCUGAAGGCCUUUUUUAAGGAUAUGUUUGGCGAUGUAACAGGGAACCUCAUCGGUGCGCUGACCGGUGCUAAGUUUGGUAGAAAGUACCAAACAUUCUUCGGCUGGUUUACGAAGUAUUUUAAGAAGUUUUUCCCAACUUCUCGACCCACUUUAGCUUUAAAGGAUAGGCCAGAGAGCAAGAAGGAAUGAUCACCAAAAGAGUGAAAAGAGGUAAACCGUGUGCCAUUGAGAAUAUCAACCACUUAGACUUUGAACAUAUAAUCUAUCAAAGAGAAUGAACUUUGUAUACUUAAAAGGUUCAUGCCAUAUUUCUGAAAACAAAUGCACUGUAGAAAAAAGGGUCGGAUAGGUUGCAUGUUAUAUGUAGGAUCGUUAGAGGUCCAAGCGUUUUUUUGUUACAAGAUAAGCCGAGUUUCAAGCAUCUGCAUAUAAAGUUGCUGAGUAAAAUGAAGCUAUUUGAUUCAGAUUUAGAAGACCGAUUCAUUAAACUUUGGAAAAUGUCAUUUGUGAUUUGUCUUUAAUUAGUGUUAUCAGUAACACCAUCAAAAGGAAAGGACUAUAGAGUUUUUGUCUCCGUGCCUGAAUUUUAAUGGGAAAGUGAAAGUAUUCACCAGGUGUUUGUGAACUUUGAUAGGAGAAAGCCUUGUCCGAGUACUUCGUUGUUUAAUUUCCUCAUUAUGCAGUUCUGAAGAGCAAACAAGGCCCGAUUGAAUCUGUUUAUUCUAUGUGCCUACUUGUGCCUGUUUCCUAUCAAGCUUCUAUCUUCUAUGAGACCGGCCAUUAUUUAUCGCCUGGGGGGUGGGAGGACAGAAGGAUUUUCGUUGUGUCAUGAUAGAAUUUAUCUGAUCCCCCUUCAAAGGCUUUGUAGGGUUCUAAUGAAUCCACUCAUUGAUAGGCAAUUUUCUAUGGUCCCUUCUUUAAGGAAAGACUGAUACCCCCUUUGUGUUCCUCAUAAAAUCCUCCCACUCUCCCCCUCUUAUUUAAACUAGAGUCAAACCGCAUCUUUAAUGGUCGUAUACCACCUGACCUUUUGAAACGUUUGACACAAACCCGCUGUAUAUCCACAAUCGCGCAGGAUUUCUCGUCUUUCAUGAUUGUGUAUGAUGACAGUCGUGUAGGAUUUUUUUUUUCAUAUCUUUCAUAUGUCCACAAUCGUGUAGGAUUUCUCGUCUUUCAUAUCGGUCCUUAACCGCAAUCACGUGGGAUUUCUUGUCUUUCAUGUUCACGAUCGUGUAGGAUUUUUUUUUUUUGAUAUCGUUUCCUUGAUGUAUGGUUUUAGCCGCCUAUUAACCUGACGGCGGGGGCAAUACAAUGGAAGGCGGAAGUCGGGAGGCAGAGGAACACAAAAUACAGGAGACGAGAGAACGUAGUACGUGAGUGGGAGGCUGUGACCAACUCUCAGUCCCUCCCCCGCUAGACACUAAUUCUAAGCUGCAUCAAAUUUAAUCAAGUAUGCAAUCAAGGUGUUUACGCAUCUGUUGAACUGAAAGCUUGAUGUAUAGUUUUAGCUGCCUAUUAAACCUGAAGGCGGGGGUAAUACAAUGGAGGGCGGGAGUCGGGAGGCAGAGGAACACAAAAGUACGGGAGUAGAACGUAGUACAAAAAGUGGGAGGCCGUGGCCAACUCCCAGUCUUUUCCCCCCUUCUCCUUUCUCCUUCCCCCCGCUAGACGCUAAUUCUAAGCUGCAACGAAUUCAACCAUGCAUGCAAUUAAGGCGUCAACGCAUCUGUUGAACUGAAAGCUUCAGUCACUUCGUGUUGGACACAGCAUUUUCAAAACGGUAAAUGAUCGAAUAACGUGAUCAUUUUCGUACAAUCGGCGUCAAAUCAGUGUAGAAUCAGUAGUAUUUUCGUAUACCAUUUCAAAGUCAGAUAACAAAGCCCGAACGCCGACUGGCAUGACAAUCCUUUCCAAGUAUCACUCAGUUUAACCACAACCAGUGUUUUAUUGAAGAAAGAACCGAAGACUAGUUUUACAAUACUGAAAGUACUACACACUGCAACUAGCAGGAUAUUUACCUCCACUCUUUUAUAUUCCGGCGGACGACGUUGAAGACUUAUAUUCGAAUAACAGCGAUUGAAACCACGGCAUAAAUGAAAUCUUAGAUAAAUUACACAUCCUUAGAAGUAUAAUCACGUACGAAAAGCUAAUACAAUCGGCAGAGGGCUCCGGUACGACUGGCAAGAUAAAACAGCCCACGGAAGAUUUCGUAGCAGACAACUGUGCAACUGUGUAGUCAACCCUCCAGGGUAAACCUAUCACUUGAUCCCUAACCGACGCGCUAAUGAUAUACACAAAGCAUGCCUAUCAAGCUGUAAACUACAUACAAUUCGAGUAUUUGAUUGCAUGCUUCACUUAAAUGCAGUGAACACGCUCAACGGAAAUGUUAAUAGUGGAUAUGAAUCUCUUUUGAAAUGCCAUACUUGGUACGAUUUCCGAGAAUAAGCGCAUGUUGAUCUUUCGUGGAAUACUAAUUUUGUUUCCACUGGCUUUGAUUCUGCAAUGACCUUGCACUAUACUUAUGUCGUAAAGCUACGGAAAACCCUCUUUGACAAAGGUAGGCCUUCUUAUCAACGCGGGUUUAGUGAACGAAAAUGUUUCAGUACUUGCUCAAAUUUAUAAACUGCUACUAUGAUAGUCGAGGCAGAAAGUACACGAAAAUUCGAUCAGUACUCACGCACCGUGAAAUAUAAUCAAAUUACUCUGAGAUAAUAUUCAUAGUCGAACUGAAGGGUAGAAGCUUUGAGUGACGUGAAUCGUUCAAUCUUUAUAUACGACGAAUUACUUCGAUCGGGUCUCCUGUUGUCACUUUUCGAGCUUCAGAUUUUGCAGACCAAAUUAUUCAGUAUGGCGAAAUUAUUCUCUUUGAGACACAAGGUCAAGCUGGCUUGAAGCCAUGAAUAUCACAUAAACAAAUAGCAAAACAAUAAAGCCAUUUGAUAAAGAAGACCGAUUUAUUAAACUUUGAACAAUGUCAUUCGUGAUUUGUCUUUAAUUUGUGUUAUCAAUAACAGCCAUAACGCCAUCAGAAGAAAAUGAUUAUAGAGUUUUUGUUUCCGUACCUGAAUGUUACGAGAAAAGAUGGACAAGAGUAUUUACCAAGCGUUUGUGAACUUUAAUGGGAGGAAGCCUUCUCCGAGUCCUUUGUUGUUUAAUCACCUCAUUAUACAGUUCUGAAGAGCAAACAAAGCCCGCUUGAAUCUAUAUAUUCUCUGUGCCUACUUGUGCCUGUUUCCCAUCAAGCUUCUAGCUUCUAGAAAAUUAUUUAUCGCUGGGGGACUGGGGGGAAGGGAGGAUUUUGGUUGUGUCAUAAUAAAAUUUUCCUGAUUUUAUCCCCCCUCCCCAUAGGCUCUGUAGGGUUCUAAUGAACCCCCUCGUCAACAGGCAAUUGUCUAUAGUCCCCUUCAUAGUUUUCAAGGAAAGACUGAUACCCCCUCCGUUCCCUCUUAAAAGUUUGUGUUCCUCCUAAAAUCCUCCCACUCCUCCCCCCCCCUCCCUCCUCUUACUUCAACUGGAGUCAAACCAUACCUUCCACGGUCUUUACAUGUACUAAAAAUAAGCAAAAAACAAACAAACAACAAGUUUAGCAUGAGAUAAAAGAGACAUGUAUUAAAGUUCGUUGUACUUUGGCUGCUCUAACAGUUCUUAGCAUGAUCUUUGACCGGAAGAAUUACAUACCUUUGGGUUGGGAUGACCUUAUAAUAGAACUUGACGUAUGAAUUUGUCAAGUCUCCCGGGUGAUUUUGUUAUCACUGACUCACACUUAUGGCACACGUGAGACAUUGAAUGCGUACAACGUGAUAUAAUCAAGACAUAAGUACAAGAAAGUGACUGCAAGUAGCGCUCACGAGAGCAUUUAAUGUUUUCAGUGUUCAUUUUCUCUUAGCCUUUUGCCGGAAUAUUUGCUGUUAUCCUUUGCCCCACAACAACUCUUAUAGAAACUAAAGCCGAUACGAAAAGCAAAGCCUUGUUGAGGCAAGAUGGAAUAGAAAAUUACUUUUCCUUAUAGACCAUGAUGAUAGAAUCGUCAUUUUUGUAUCCAUCCCUACAAUGACCAUAGUACUAUUAAUUGUCUCCAAAACUUGCUGAAAAACUGUUUAUCGAGUCAAAAAAUACCAUAGGACAAAAAGAAAGAAAAUAGAAGAUGCAGUGCAAUGAUUGUGCAAGCGUCAAAUUCAAUCACAACAGUUAUGCCUUCCCAGACCUCUUUCCCGUUCUUCGCCUUCGAAUUGUUUUGUCAACUGCUGACCGCGUUAACUGCGGAGCCUGUGUAUUAGUUUCUCGUGUUACGAAUUAUAAUGCACCGCUUCGCUAAGGUAACUCACACAGCCCUCUUCGAGACCGUCUGAGAUACCAGUGGGGUUGUCAAACAUCUUCACGAAAAAGACUUUGAGACUGAAACCCGCAAAUACGAGAAUAAACGAGAAUUUGCAUUAUCUUUCAAGGUAAGUUACUUGAAUUAAUUUAUUUGAGCAACUGAUUUGCCGAUCAACAUCUAAUAGAACAGUACAUCACAAGCAUUCAGCGUGGCUAAAGAAAUUCUGCAAAGAUAAGCUAUGCAACGCGUCACGAGAGUCUCACAAGCAAAUGCCGUCUGUCGUGUAUUCUUUAGUGUCCCUCAAUACAUCGAAAAAUUCGGUUUAUAUUUGUUCAGGUCUUCACUAGUUGUCGCCGUUUCGAAUUAAACAACACUAGUUAAAAUAGCAGCUUUAUUAGAAUACGAUACGCGAUCCACGCUUGAAGAAGUUCGAGCCGAUUUUGCAGGCCAAAAUGGAGUAAUAUAUUGUUAUCGAUAUCAGUAACACGAACUACUUUCGCUCGUCACCAAAAAAAAAAUAAUUUUUAACGGGGUUUGGACAGUUUUAAACUUAUUCCGAGACAUUUUUCGACGAAUCUUUGUGAGAUAAUUUGUUGUAAGAUGUUUGUUCUUUUUCCAAGAAUCCUCGCGUCUUUUCUCGAUACCAGCGUUGUUUAAUAAACGACUGACUGAUAAGUUUGUCAACAAAAGGCAAAAGAUGACCAAAAUAUUGACCAAAACUCAGCUUCUUAUGGUCACAAAAAUAGCCUUUUGUAUAAUUUAAAAAAAAAACUAGGUCAAAUAGCCUGUUCGUACAAUUUAAAAGAAGAACUAAGAGUACUUUAAAAAGCGAAGUAAGAUUCCAAGAACCUCGCGUCUCUUUCUCGAUGACCGCGUUGUUUGAUAACGACUGACAAAAAUAAGGUUAAUAACAAUAUCCCACAGAUUAUCAAAAUAGUUAACAGUACUUGGCUUAUUGGGUCACAGAAACUUUUUCUUGUUUGUACAAUUUGAUAGAAAAUCCAAGAGCACUCUUAAAGCGAACUGAGCUUCCAAGAAUGCUCGCUUCCCGGCUUCUCUCGAGAACAGCCUUACACGAUUUCACAACUGAUAGAUAUGGUUACCAGGCCAACAGAUUACCAAAAUACUGACUAACAGUCAACAUCUCGAGUCAGAAAAAUGGCCUAUUUGAAUAAUUUGAAAGAAAAACCAAACGCAUACUUAAAAAAAGUAAAACUAAAUGGAGAACAAAAGCACUCUGAGUUUUGACGCCCGAAUUUGAUGAAAAACAAAUAUGUUUUAGAUCGAAGAGAAUAAAAUACAGGUUUAAGGAUUGAAUGCCUGAACUGAUCAAUGCGUUAAAGUGUCAAUACCACACCAAAUCGGAUAAGGUGAAUUGAGUGCAAGCAAAUUAAAUUUAAGAUUUAUCUAAUUUUUUCACGGCGGUGUAAAUUUUCUUGCAUUCUACUCUUCCGUUGGGUAGCACCUGACCGGUAGUCAGGCGACUGAUCCCUAAUGAAAAUAAAACAUCUGACUGUCAGAGUAUCAGCAGCCGAAUUUUGAUUUCUCGUUGUUAUCAACAACUAAGUACUUACAUCUUCAUAAAUGUCUCCAAAGUGUUUGAACAAAUCAACUCUUUAAAGGCUGUGACACGAAUGACGCACGUGUGAGCAAAAAUCACUUAAUUAUCCAAUUGAUGCCGGAUGCUUUCCGAAAAGUAUUUAUGUCGGCGACAUAAUCUUUUGGCUAAGGGAAACAAACAGCGUAUUAUUACUUUGACGAUGCUUACUAAAUAUUUCUUUCUACUUUUCUAUCCAUCAUGGUCUAGUCAAUCUACACAUAGUUUAUUUUCUUCUUCUUUACAUUUAUUUAGUAAAUAUCAUUUUAUUUCAGACUUUGUUAUCAAGAAUGGCACAGGAAGGGACCCCAGAGAAAAGUUCUGAUGCCUCGGCAACUGAAGUUAGUCAGAUUAUAUUUGGUGCAAAAAACUUGGAGUAUCAGAUCGAACAGUUUGUCAGUUCCGGUGGCCAGACUGUUAAUAUCCUCCUGAGUGGCAAGACAGGGGUUGGCAAGUCACAUCUGACAAAUGCGCUCAUUGGAGAAAACCUUGCAGCAGAAGGAUAUGACAUCGACCCACAAACUAAUGACGUAAGCUACUUUGAUAUUGACAGUUACUUAACCUUUUAGACUAUUAUGAGGUGCUUUCAUCAACGGGUUACUGUGCAUUACUUGUAUAAAGAAAAUGGAUAAUAUUUCGCGUCCUUUCGAGCAGCAUGUCUAAACUCUAUUUGUUCUCAUUUUCUUCGGAAAAUACCCAUCUUUGAUACUUGAAAUCAAGAAAGAAUUAUCGAAUGCCUCUACAGGUGUUAGGUUCAAAGUUACUCGAAAGGUAAGAAACAACUUCUUUCCAAUGUCUCUUAGACAGAAAGGUCUUUCCUAUGAAUAAAACUUUUUCAAGCAUUUAUUUCCCGCAACUGAGGUAACAUACCAAGACAUAUCAUAACGAAAUAACUGUUAGAGUUAAAUGUUGUAUUAAUUUCCAGUUUUAUGUCCUCCAGGUAACUGCUUACGAGGUUGUCAAAAACGGCGUAACUAUCACAGUGUUUGACACUCCAGGACUUGCAGACGCAACCGGCAAUGAUGAAGAAUAUCUGCGGAAAAUCAAGGAGAAAGUAACCCACUUCGACUUGUUUCUAUUCUGCACUGAGAUGACCAGUAAGCGAUUCCGCACCGACGACUUGGAAACGAUAAAGAAGCUUACAGAAGCCUUGGGGGAGAAACUUUGGGAUCAUGCUCUGGUGGUUUUAACCUUUGCUAACGAAGUCUCACUAUCUCCAACCAAGAAGACGGCUGACGCACCUGAAGUAACCGUUUUCAAUGACCGCUACUUAGCUUUCAAGAAAGCAAUAAAGAAACAUUUGGUUGCAAUCGGGUACCUGAGAUAA